UGCUUGCCUCUAGCUCUCUCUUGGGGUCGUCGUCGAAUUGGGGGCGAUUCGAUUCGAGUCGAGCCGCCGGAAAAGCUGCGGCGGCGCUUGGCGGCGGAGGCAUGGAGGCGACCGUGGACGACCUGAGCGCGGCGUACGACGACUUCGUGGCGGCGGCGUCGGCCGUGCUGGAGGCCCGCGCGCAGUCGGGCGGGGAGAAGACGGCGGCCACCGACGCCGCGCUCGAGGCCUUCAAGCAGCGCUGGGAGCUCUUCCGCGUCGCCUGCGACCACGCCGAGGAGCUCGUCGAGUCCAUCCGCCAGCGCAUCGGCUCCGAGUGCCUCGUAGACGAGGCCACGGGAUCCGCCUCCGCCGGAUCCGCGCCCGCGCCGCUCGCGGCCGCCCCCGGCAUCAAGCCCAUCAGCGCCGUCCGCCUCGAGCAGAUGAGCAAGGCCGUCCGCUGGCUCGUCAUUGAGCUCCAGCACGGCGCCGGAGGCGCCUCCGCCCCAGGGACCGCCGGUACAGGCGGUGCCGCUACCCCAAAUGCCGGCGCCGGCCCGGGCCCCGGUGGGCAGCACCCCGAGGAGGGAGGCCAGUAGGUAUGGAGUUGCUGAAUUAACUAGCAGUGUCGUCCUUCCGGAAUGAACUCGUAGCAUAUCUCCUUCGAGAGAAAACCAACAUGUCUGUCGUAGCUGAGUUUAAAUCUUUGAGGGAUAACAUUAGAGCUUGCGAUCACUGGUAUGGUACUUGAUAAUGCCUUGUGGUGUUGAUAUCUGGAAGAAUUGAACAAAUUAUUUGCUCUUUGCUGGUUGUUUUCUCCCUCCCAUUAUGUAUGAGAUAAUACACUAUGAACUAGUGGCACAUAGAGCAUCGUUGCUGAUUCCUGCUU